AUGUCUGAGGACAUCUAUGCUGUGCCAGAUAUGACAAAGAAGGUCAAGUUUAACAGAGGUGAGAUGAAGGAGAGGAUUGUGGAUAUCUACGUCAGUGCAGACACCCUGAGAGACGGUGAGACCAGCACCAAGAGAGAAGAAACAGUGGACACUGCUCCUAAUAAUGGACCAGGAGACCAGCACUCAGACCAGCUACAGACCAGAUACAGCAACCUGACGAAUGAGAGAGACCAGCUACAGACUGAGAAAGCGUUUCUUAAAAUGAGGCUGACCAAUCUCAAACGAACAUGCCCUGAAGGCUGGCAGAAGUUUGAAUCCAGUUGGUACUUCCUGUCUACUGAGACUAAAACCUGGAAGGAGAGCAGAGAGGACUGUCUGGAGAGAGGAGCAGACCUGGUGAUCAUAAACAGUGAUAAGGAACAGACAUUUCUCUUCAACCUCAACAGGAGAGUCUGGAUUGGUCUGACUGACUCUCUUAUUGAGGGGACCUGGAAAUGGGUGGACGGCACCCCACUGACCACAGGGUGA